UGAACAGUCAUGAUCAUAUCAUCAAACGUCAGGGGGUCAUAACACACCGGAUUUCUGUUUAUAACACAGCGGUUAAUAUUGUAGUUUCAUUAUUGAAUGAUAAAAGUGCUGCUUGAUCAUUAUGGCUCAGAAAAUAAAUGAAGCGCAUGAGCACAUAGCCAAAGCGGAAAAAUAUUUAAAGACGAGCUUUAUGAAAUGGAAGCCGGACUAUGACAGUGCUGCAUCAGAAUACAACAAAGCCGCUGUUGCUUUUAAAAAUGCCAAGCAACUCGAAGAGGCAAAAGAUGCUUACUUACAAGAGGCAGAGGCUCACACCAACAACAAAACUUUUUUCCAUGCAGCCAAGGCCCUUGAGCAAGCAGGUAUGAUGCUGAAGGACAUGCAAAGACUGCCAGAGGCUAUUCAGUACAUAGAGAAAGCCAGCAUGAUGUACAUAGAGAAUGGCACACCUGACACUGCUGCCAUGGCCCUUGAUAGAGCGGGAAAAUUAAUUGAAGGUGUGGAUUUAGCAAAAGCUGUGGAUCUUUAUCAGAAAGCUGCAUCAGUUUUUGAGAAUGAGGAACGACUGCGGCAAGCUGUGGAACUGCUUGGUAAAGCAUCACGACUUCUUGUCAGACAAAAGAAAUUUGAUGAAGCUGCUGUGUCAAUCCAGAAGGAAAAGAACAUGUACAGAGAUAUAGAAAAUUACCCCACAUGUUUUAAGAAAACCAUUGCACAGGUGCUGGUUCAGCUCCACAGAGGAGAUUAUGUAGCAGCUGAUAAGUGUGUGCGGGAGAGCUACAGUAUUCCAGGAUUCAGUGGGAGUGAGGACUGUGUGGCGUUGGAGCAGUUGUUACAGGGCUACGAUCAGCAGGAUGAAGAGCAGGUGGCGCGAGUCUGCAACUCACCUUUGUUCAAAUACAUGGACAAUGAUUAUGCUAAGCUGGCUAUCAGUCUAAAUGUUCCUGGAGGAGGAAAGAAGAAAAAAGCCACUGUCAAUUCUGCUGGAGACACUGGAGCUGAGAAACCCGUGGAAGAGGAGGAUGAGUAUGCAGGAGGACUCUGUUAAUCUCUCUAAUCUUUGUCCAUCUUCAACAACAAGAACAUCUACAAGAACAACAGUACUAUAUGUUCUACUGUUGGAAAAAAACAACAUCAUUUUCUUUAUGUAUUUAUUCUGUUGUGUUAACACUCAACCAAGAACUGAUGACAUGGCACCAUGGUCAGGACUAGUGGUCACAUAAUGAACAGUGGUAUAUUAAAGGGGAACAUUCAUGUGUAACUUUUUUUAUAACAAUUUAACAAGCCUUUAACAGAAAGUGAUUUGUCAUUUAUCAUCAAAGCCAUUAAAAAAAACAUUAUCAAUCUAAGAACGAUCAACAAGUGCAUGCUCUGUAUAUUUGCAUGCAAUAGCUAAAAUGUUAAUCUUGGCAUUCUGGGAUACAAAAUUAAACCUUUUUUUAAUGCAGGAAGGAAUAAAAGUGAAUCUGGAAUUAAAUACUGUUGCUUAACAGGACAAUCACAGGAUUGUUUUGCUGCAUGACUGCUCCCUUUUAAUGAACAGUAAUGCAAUGGUGUGUACAUGUGUAUUAAUGAUGACUGCCUAUGUUCUCUGUGAAAAUGCAAAUUGCAGCACAAUUCUUGAAUGAAGUGUUAAGGCUGAGCUUUUAUCAUAGAAGAAUACUUGUCAGCUUGUGCCUUUUUGUCACCUAUGGCAAACUUAUUCUCCAUAUCCUUAACAUGGCUAAGCUGCAUUGACAAGUACUAUCAGCAGCCAUGGCUGUGUAUAUCACUGCAGCAAAGGGGCUCAGACAGUAGCAUGAUUGCUCUAUUUAAUCAUGGCAGACAUGCACAUGUCAUGAGUUACACUUUUAUUUACCUCAGUUGAAGAAAUUAGUAGAAGUUUCCUUUGUUUUAUUCUUAUGCAAACGUUUGGAUAAUGGAUAAUGUAAUUUUCCCUUCAUUUUCAUCAUCAUUUUAUCCUGGUAAGAGUUGGGUAGGCCAGGUUCCACCAGGGAGCUGGGCACAAGGCAGGAACACCUUGGACAGGGGGCCAAUCUAUCGCAGGCCUUUGGCCAUUUUCCCCUCAUACUUAGAUAUAGUCAAUCAUAUCUGAUUGGCACUUGGUCAGCCAAUAGCAACGUUAGGAUUAAAACCAGAUUAUAAUAGACUGUUGCACCCAGUGCCAAUACUGCUAAAUGUAGCAUUUUGUGGAAAAUGUAUGUUUACUUCCUUAAGGAAGGUAAAAAAUUGGCAUGGGGUGACAAAACUUCUGUGAAACACUGUAGGGUCAUUUUAGACUACACAUUACUAUGGGGCCAGUGAUAGUUCGGUGGUUAAGAUACUGGACUAGUAAGCAGAAGGUUCCCGGUUCAAGCCCCGCCACCACCAAGUUGCCACUGUUGGGUCCCUAAGCAAGGCCCUUAAUCCUCAAUUGCUCAUUGUGUAAGUCGCUUUGGAUAAAAGCGUCUGAUAAAUGCUGAAAAUGUAAAUGUAAAUUACUAAACACACUACUAAAUAACAAAACUUUAUUAAUUAAUUAAAAACUUAAAUUACUUAAUAUUAGGAUUUGUAAAGUGUAAAUUUUGCCUACCUUAAAAUCCAAAUGCUCCGUUAUCACAAAAAAUAGGUUUAGCAGUUUACUUUAAAAUAUUGAUCAUGAACAAAUUAAAAUGAGACCUUUUAGCUAAACUCAUGAUGUUUGACAUCUAACAAAAUAAGAAAAAUAUUUAAUAAAUAAUGCACAUGCUCUGUAUUCAAUUAGGUCUAAAACCUUGUAAAAUAAUUUAUCUCAUGUUGUAGGAUACACAUAUUUGUUUUUUGUUUAUGUAUGUAUUCUCAUUUAAUAAACGUGGGUCGUGAUGGGUCUGGUGCCAUCCACAAACUCUGGGUGGAAAGGCGAAAACCAAUCCGUCUCGCCUACUUACUCAAUUA